AUGGUCGCGAUAUCUCCCAUCCCAGUCCUUGCGCUCUUAACUCUCUGGGUACUGAAAAUCCUCGGGAAGAAAUGGCUCGUCGCGUCGCGUAUCAGGGAUAACUUACGGUCUCGUUGUCCUGGAGCAGCUAUCUUGUGGAUAAAUCCUUUCAGGACGCUCGCGAUUGUUUCCGGGCCAUUUUUCCCUACUCAGGGCAAAGUAGGACAUUACUAUGCGAAAUUUUCAGUCUUCGCCAAGUUUGGAACCACUUGUCUGAGUUCUGUCGUUUUUUGGAACGCUAUCCCCACAUUCUGGAUAUCCGACGCCGACGCCAUCAGAAUCGUCAGCGCUGAUAGAAAGACUUUCACUAAAGAUGUCGAAGCAUAUGAAAUACUCAAUAUUUACGGCCAGAACAUGGUCAGUACCGAAGGUGCUGUGUGGAAAAGACAUCGUGCAGUUGCUAAGUCUGCAUUUAAUGAGACUAAUAAUGCUUUCGUGUGGAGCGAAAGCAUGCGAAUUGCAACUGAAUGGUUUGCUGACAUCGAUAACAAAAUAUCAGGUAUUGCACGUGAAUGCACCGUCGACUUGCUAAAGGAUCUUACACAGUUCACUCUUCUCGUUAUCUCUACCGCGGGAUUCGGACGGCGAGUUUCCUGGAGCGAAGAUGCAGCAGCAGUUCCUCCUCCUGGCCACAAGAUUUUAUUUAUGACAUUUCUGACUGGGUGCAAUUUCCUUUCAUCUCUUCUGCUCUCAAGGAAACGAAGGGACUCAUUCGAGGCGCUGAAGUUUCACAUGCUGGAUGUCAUAUCUCUUGCCCGUGCCUGGGUUGCCAGUGGUAAGGCGGCGGAUAUGGAUGCGGCGUUGUUGCGUAACAUGGUUGAGGCCAACAUGUCUGAAGAGGCCGACUUGAAUUAUAAACGCCUGACGGACGAUGAGCUGUUGUCCAACACGCUGACUUUCCUUUUAGCAGGUCAUGAAACGACUGCGCAUACAAUUUGUUUUGCCAUGGUCCUGUUAGCGUUGUACCCUGAUGUUCAGCGUAGAGUUUAUGAAGAGGUAUCCAGAUUCUGGCCAGAAGGCGCAGCGGCUCCUCGCUACAAGGAAUCCGUGACCGCAUUGGAAUAUACUAAUAGUGUCUUCUUAGAGACACUACGUCUGUUUCCCCCGGUAGCUCGACUGGGAAAGCUGGCGCAGGCAAAUAGCAUCAUCCCUGCUCGUCGAUUCAAGAAAUCUCCGGAGGGUAAACCUUACAAUGUCGAACAGUUUCCCGUUGCCAUUGAAAAAGGUAGUCUUUUAAUUAUUGAUAUCUUCGGGCUGCAUAUGAAUCCGAUACAUUGGGGUGAGGACGUAGAGGAGUUUAAGCCCGAACGGUUUAUCGAUACAGAAUCGUACCGUUGGCCCCGCGAUGCAUUUUUUGCUUUCGCUGGUGGACCCAGAAGCUGUAUUGGUCAACGAUUUGCUAUGACGGAAGGACUUUGUCUCAUUGCCAAUAUUGUUCGAAACUUUGAGAUCUUGGUGCCACACGAUUUACGUGAUAAAGGCAUGGAGGAGCAGAGAAGGAUCCUUCUUGAAUGGUCACCUGGCAUUACUAUUCUGCCAGUCGGAGCCAGGGCAUUAUUUCGUCGUCGCAGGUGACAAACUUUUAGUUCUGCUAGUACUUGUAGCAUCGUCCGUACAAAUGUGACAGACGGGCCGCCUAUUGUUGAACUUGAACGCACGCAAAUAAGUAUGUUAUAACUUGAUUAUGUCCAGGAAUAACUAGCGAUACAUCAUCUGUGACUUGGUACAGUUCUCUACUUAGAAAGAUCGUAGGGAUAUUUGGGGUUUGGCAGCAUUAGCUCCGCUUGCCGAUGCGGCAUUGCCGCCGAUUGCGCGGCGCACCGACUGUUCUAGUAGCUCUCGAGAUGAUGGU